AUGGUGAGACAUCAGAAAAUCGUCUGCUCGACCUGUAGGCGUCGGAAAAGCAAAUGCGAUGGGGCUUCGCCAAGCUGCUCCGCUUGUGUCGCCAGUGCUUCGCCUUGCCACUAUGAUAAAUCACCCUCGCUCGCCUACGUGCGUUCGUUACAGUCACGCAUCCGUGAGCUGGAGCGCAAGGCUACCACUCAGGCAACCUCUCCUCCAUCCAGCCCGUCCUUUGCCAGUUCGACUUUCAGCAAACAGGGCGGCGACUCUAUAAGUCUGGAUGCGCUAGGAGAUGUUGGCUACCACAACCAAACAUCUGCUAUACAUGAAGAUCUACCACAAAAGGAUGCUCAACCAUUGCAUAUUGCAUCCCUCUUGCCAUCAUCGACAGACAAAUGCCGGGCAGCAGAUAUUAGACAGGGACUGGUGGCCAACGCUGCCACCCAGAAAGACCUCGAAAUCAUCAACUUAGAUGCAUCCCAGUCACUGGCAAAUCUAUCGAAUGAUCUUGCUAGUACCUUGCUGCAGCUACACUGGUGUUGGCUGCAUCCGAGUUUUCUUUUUGUAUACCGCCCCGCUUUCACGAGAGAUAUGCCUCUACUUGCCCGUGGGGAUCGCUCCGCCACACAUUGCUCUUCAACCCUCGUGAAGGUGCUCUAUGCCCACAGUUGUCGAUUUAUACGGUCACCAGAUAUAGUGUGGAGCCCGAGUAAUCAUAGCGAGACGUUCCAGGACCUUACAGACCGUUUGAUGGCAGAAGCAAAGGCCUUGCUGGCCAUGGAAACCCUGAAUCCUCCUACUAUUCCUACAAUCCAAGCAUUACUUCAACAGUCGGCUCGGGAUGUUGCUUGUGGUCGGUCCUCCUCUGCGUGGCUAUAUUCCGGCAUGGCAUUUCGUAUGGCCAUUGAUCUUGGCCUACACGUUUCUCCCGACAAACUUCAACAAUAUUCCACCUCACUCUCAGCAGAGGACAUUGAGAUAAGAAAACGUCUCUUUUGGAGCUUAUACGCUUGGGACAAGCAUAUCAGCUUGUACCUAGGGAGGAUGCCAAAUUUCGUCAUGGGCGCUGAGAACGUAUCGUUGGAAUUUCUAGACGACUUCACCGACCAUGAUCCGUGGGUACCAUUUUACGGACCUGAUCCAAAGGCUGCAGAGCUCCCUCCAUAUCCCCCAACUCCGGGCCAUGUCAUGUCCUGCUUCACGGAGCUAUGCAAACUCUGCAAAAUUCUCACUCGGGUCAUGCUAGAACUCUAUAGCUCGCAGUCCGCCAGCCACUCGGCAAAGUCAGACCCCCGAAUGGCUUUAUUCAUGGAGAUCAAAAAGGAGCUUCAGGAUUGGCACUCGUCCUUGCCAUCGUUCCUACAUAUACCACGCAAUGACAUGCCUCAAUUGAGCCCACCGCCGCAUAUCACAUCCCUCAAUCUGAUGUAUCACAAUACCCUGAUUCUUCUUCAUCGACCGCAUGUUGCAGGCGGAGAGGUACCUUCCUCUGCUGCGAUCCGACAGAGCUGGAAGAUAUGUCGAGGGGCAACCACCGCGAUAUAUGAUCUUCUUAAAAUGUAUAUUCAUACUUUUGGAUAUCAUCAUAUCACAUACAUGAACAGUUACUGUACGUAUAUGGCUGCGACAACUGCCGUGUACCAACUAGAAACAUCGGAAGAAGGAUCACAGCCUUCACAAUCCCACCAAGCAACUUGGACAGAGUUGAAGUUUCUGUUAGACGUACUCCAGCGUACUGCUGCAGCUAUGCCCGGCCUGGACCGGAGUAUUGAGAUCAUUCGGACGCGGAUCAAAAGAAUUCUCGACCGCCAGGUUUCCAGUCAACUCGAUUCACUGUUUCCAGGUAGAAAGUCGAAGGAUCCCGACUAUGCACGGCCUACGAACGAUAUACCCCGACCCCAUACAGAAAGUGAAAGGGACUCAAGUAAUAUCUCCACUGGUUGCCCUGUUUAUGACUGGGGGAAUAAUAUGGGCACUGUCACGAAUGAGGAUCUGUGGCUUCCAGCAUUCCCCGCCCAAGACAUUUCUUACGGACCGGAAGUGAUGCUCGACGUACAGGAUGCUCUAAGUCCUCACACGCGGUCUGCUCUGAUGGGUUCAAAUCUUGAUCCUCAACUGCGACUUAAUCUUUCAGUAUCUGGUGAACAUACAAUGAGCUACAGCCCUUUUCCUAGUUCUUUGCUUGGCCAGCUUCCAGAGGCUCCAGCAGGAGACGCCGUUGCAACGUAUCAAACCAUUUAA